GAAGCUUGUCACUUUUUACGAGGGGGUUGCCAUGUCGAAAGCAGUCAAGGGAGGAGCUGCGUCGCUCGUGCGCAUCCUCAUCCCUGCUGGAAAAGCAUCUCCGUCACCCCCGAUCGGUCCUGCACUCGGUGCUCGUGGUGUCAAGUCAAUGGACUUCUGCAAAGAGUUCAACGCACGCACCGCGCACGUUGAACCGGGCAUACCAACCCCGACGCUCAUUUACGUGCAGCCCGACCGCUCAUUCACAUUCAUCACAAAGACGCCACCGACCACCUACUUCCUCAAGAAAGCUGCUGGCAUCGAAAAAGGAACAGGCAAACCCGGACAUGAGAUCGUUGGUACCGUGAGCUUGAAGCAUAUCUACGAAAUUGCUCGCAUCAAGCACACAGAUGACCACCUGAAGCACCUUCGCCUGGAAGCGAUCGCGAGCACGGUCGUCGCCACUGCAAAAACGCUAGGGCUUCAGGUGGUUCCGUAAUCGGCCCGUUUCUCGAUAAUUAAAGCCCAUCUCCGAUGAGUGCCGCGCACAGUUUGACAUCACGAGUGGCACGACUGUGCCUGAUAAUCAGCAAUGUAUCCGUAAACCCAUGACAUGGCAAGUAUUAGUUUUCGAAGAGGGGCGUGGGUUUGCCGAUAUCCGCUGGACGUGAGUCGAGGCAUACUCGUGCUGAUUUGGAGACCUUGGCCCCGUGCAAUGCGACAUUCCGCGAACGCUGGGGCGUCCAAGCGGACUCGCAAGGGCGCAAGGUUCUGGGGUGAAGAUUAGGUUGGGAAAUGCGUAAGCAGCUGAGGAGGACCGAGUAUGGC